AUGGCGCCAACAAAGCGGCCAGAUGCACUCGACGAAAUUGUCGAUGCGCGUCCCGAUGUGAUCGACUGGUGGAUGCAGACUUACGGUGGGCCGCAUAUGGACGAAAAUAUGAUCCAUCGAUAUUUCUACGAGUCGAGAUUCUUCGACCACAGCACCAAGAAUGGCUUGUUCAUAAGCCAAGCCGCCGCAAACUUCGCUCAAUGGGAGAUCAGUAACAAUCGCAAAGCAUUCGAGGAUAAUCUAAGGCAGCGGCCGGGACUGGAGUACAUGAUUGUGGCCGAGCCGCAGCUGGUUGCAGACAAGACAUUGGCCGCACAGGGCGUCAAGACUGGCAUCUAUGUGAUUCGCAAGCAGGAUCGACAGCGAGCACAAAGCGGUGCUUCCCAGAAGAAUGCACCUCCUGGAGUGUUCUACGAAGGAGUGUGGGAAAUCACCACGUUAGCCACGUACUUUAUCGCCGGGAUCAACGUCUACCAAGCGCCCAGCGUGUUUGAUGCCGUGGGAAAUCAUUUGAUGUCAGCUGCUAGCAGUCUGGACAAAGUGGUGGACAUCGCAAACGACUUGCCACGCUAUGCUCCCUCGAUAGGCUAUCACUACCUGCCACAGAAUACGAAACGCGCAACAACCGCAGGCUCGGUCAAUGCAUCUCCAACUCGAUCACGGGAGGGAAGUGUUGCGCCGGGAGGAGAUGCGGGAUCCGUGAGGUCAGGAUCGAUCCUUCCUGAUGCCAAGCUACCUGCAACUGCCACGACCUCCAAAGCACACGAGGCGAGAUUAUUAGGAGACUCGCUCCGUCUAGCUUUGAAGCAUGGCGAUGAAUACACCGAUGAGAACCCGCUUUUGGGAGAACCUGGUAAUUUCAAAUUCGCCACCUCUUCAGCUGCAGUGAUGAAGCGAAGAGCGGACGAAGAGGCGGCCGCUGCGAAGGCGCGCGCAGAGAAGGAGUCUAGUACUACAUCUCGUGUGGCUUCGCCUGAAAAGGCUCCAACCCCACCUGCUGUCUUCACAGAGGCCAAAACAACGGUGAAGAGUGAAAAGAAGUCGGGAGGGAAAAUUAAACGAAGGAAGAGUAAAGCCAACGGGACGACAAACCCGUCCACGCCUGUGAGCUCCACAAGCACACACGCUCCUGGCUCUACGUUCCGGUGA